AUUGUCCCUCACGGGAUAUUAUAUACUUCCUAAUUCAAUAUUGACUAUCAAAGGGAAUAACAAUUUCUCUUCCCAAGUGGUUCAGUUUACAGCUGUAACAAAAUAAAAAUAAAAAUGCUCAUCAGAUACCAUAACGCAUUUGUAAGUCUUCAAGGGGUUCACCACAUGUGGAUCGCCUCAGUGCUUGACUCUAUUAAUGGAUAUCAUCACCUGAACACAGUACUUAUAGGCCGAGUCAACCAGGCAGAGCAUCAUGGAUACCAAGGGGACUUCCCACGAAGCCUAGAGUGUAGAAAACGGCAUCUAGCUGCUAGCCGUGGAAGAUGCCGACCUGACGCCACUAACAACGCCCACUGCGCACAAAACUCACGUUUUGUGGACGAACCCCCUUGCACCAAGAAUAAGCCCCAUCGAGUAACCAAGCCUGCCCGACAAGCGAACAAAGCCAGGCAAUCGCAUAACUAUCGAUCUCGACAAAAGUAUGUUCAACCUGCAUCCAUGAUGUCCUCCCAACCAGAGCAUCCGAUCCACAGCCAAGCCUACCACCUAGACUGCCGCCAUACGAGCACGGUGACACCAGAGAACGGCCGAACUCCCAAGCCAAGAAGCCGCGGACUCAUAUCUUCGUCCAUUGGGGGACUUCAAGGCCGGCGAGAGACGGAACCGAACCCGCAGUGUCGGGCAACGCAUGGGUGGGCAGAACAGAUUUUCUUACAGCAAGACCGAGGCCAAGCCGGGCAGGAGGGGCGGAUGCGAAAGCAUGCUGGACUUACAGGAAAACGAAUGCAAGGCGAACGUGAGCCGCUGUGCUUCUAUGGCGGCGCGUUUCCGCGGUCUUCUUCGUAGCUGAUCCCGAGAGAAAAGCGCAAGAGGUGUCCGGGGACUUUCUCCCAAAGCUUGAAUGGUGAGACGACGACCGAAACCGCUGUCUCUGUGUGUAGCUUCGAUAGCGAUUUGUUGGGCGAGGGGGUUGUAGAAGAAAAUAAAAGAAAAGUAAAUUCUCGGCUUGAC